CACUAAUUUACAGGAAAACCACCGGUCAUUGAAGUCCUGAAAGCCGUCCCCAAGCCUCUCCUUCACUCACCAUCGUCUCCGGCGGCGCGACCACAAUCUCCGGCAUCGCUCCGUCGCAGAGAGGUCGCGGCACCGUCAUCUCCGGCUCGGUAGCGGCCGAGCUCCGAACACCACCGCCGUCCACAGAGGGGAUAGCAAAUGGAAUUUUGCCCGACUUGUGGGAACUUGUUGCAGUACGAGUUGCCUCACAGGGACCGGCCGUCCAGAUUUUUCUGCCCAACUUGUCCCUAUGUCUGUAAUGUCGAGAGCAAGGUUAAGAUAAAGAGGAAGCAACAUCUGGUUAGGAAACAGAUGGACCCUGUCUUCUCGGAAGAAGAUAGGAGAAAUGGACCCCAAACCGAUGGCGUGACAUGCCCACACUGUGGCCAUGGAAAGGCUAUCUACCAUCAAGCUCAGAUACGUUCUGCUGAUGAGCCGAUGACAACAUUCUAUUGGUGCCUGAACGAGAGAUGUAAGAAGAACUGGCGGGAAGAUUGAGCUCUCAGUGCCAUGGUCGCCAAGCCAAUUCAGUACCCCGUGUGGCCCAAAAGGCGGGACCAGAAAUCAUGUUCAACUGGUACUUGGGCCUUUUGGAAACCGUGAUUUCGACGUUUUAUCCUUUUCUGGAUGUUGCGCUCAAACAUUAUUUGUUUCCUUCGGCGUCUGUCUUCGCUUAAAAGAAACAGAGUGAAUUAGGAGGAGGGAAAAGAAAGCAUUCCCUCUGGUGGAUUCCUCGUCCUGGAACAUGGAAAGUGAACUAGACAGACAUGAGAAAGAGCACGGGAGACGGGGACAGUGGCUUGUUAUUGUUGAGUGCACUUGUUAGGAUGAUGUUGCUAAA